AUGUCAUCAUCAACCGAAAAAAAUGGAUUUUCCGUAUCAAAAGGGAGAUUAAACGGUGCAGCUUCUUGGCGUCCCGACGAUGACAAUCAGAACCAAUGGCUCCAAGUCGAUCUUGGCAAAAAGGAACUUGUUACAGCCAUUGCCACUCAAGGUUCUGGUUCUAAUCGUUAUUGGCUGAAGAAUUAUUCGAUCACUUACGGUGUGGAUAAAGAAAACCUCACUUCAUACAACAUUAAUGCAACUCAGAAGGUGUUCGCUGGAAAUUAUGACAAGAACUCUGUCGUGACAAAUCUCUUAUAUCCAGCAAUAAAUGCGCGUUAUAUUCGCAUACACCCAUUACAUUUUUGCAUUUCCUACGACGAAGGUUUUUGCAACACCAGCGAAGUUCCAUUUGGGGUAGAGGAUGGAAGAAUAAAGAAUUCGCAGAUGACAUCAUCAACUGCAAAACUGAGCGAAUUUUCUGCAUCAAAAGGGAGAUUAAACGGUACAGACUCUUGGCGUCCCACAAAUGAUGAUCAGAAACAAUGGCUCCAAGUCGAUCUUGUCAAAAAGGAACUUGUUACAGCGAUUGCCACUCAAGGUUCUGGUUCUAAUCGUUAUUGGGUGAAGACUUAUUCGAUCUCUUACGGUGUUGACAAAGAAAAGCUCACUUUAUACAAAAUUAAUGUAACUCAGAAGGUAUUCGCUGGAAAUUAUGACAAGAAUUCUGUCGUGACAAAUCUCUUAUAUCCAGCAAUAAAUGCGCGUUAUAUUCGCAUACACCCAGUGUCUUGGUUUAAUCGCAUAUCAAUGAGAAUCGAAGUUAUAUGUUGCUACACAGGUUAUUGGCGUCCCGCAAAUAAGAAACAGAACCAAUGGCUCCAAGUCGAUCUUGGCAACCAGGAAUUUGUUACAGCGAUUGCCACUCAAGGUUCUGGUCGUAGUUACUGGGUGGAGACUUAUUCGAUCUCUUACGGUGUGGAUAAAGCAAACCUCACUUCAUACAAAAUUUAUGCAACUCAGAAGGUGUUCGAUGGAAAUAUGGAAGGAAAUUCUGUUGUGACAAAUGUCUUAUCACCAGCUGUAACAGCUCGUUAUAUCCGCAUACACCCAAGGACAUGGAACAAUCACAUUUCCUUGAGAGUGGAACUUUAUUGCUGUCAAAGAGCUGGUGAAAAGACACUCGGCGUGGAAGAUAAGAGUAAAGUUAAAGCUUCGCAAUUGACUUCUUCGAGUUAUUUGAAUGCAUGGACCAAAGCAGCUCGUGGACGAUUGCACAACAAUGGACAAUGGAGAGCAGGAUGGAGAGCAGGAGCAAACGACAAGAACCAGUGGAUACAGGUUGAUCUUAGCAAGAAGGAAGUUGUCUCAGGGAUUGCCACUCAGGGAGGAUAUUAUUGUUAUCCACAUUUUUGUUAUUAUCGUUGGGUGAAGACCUAUUAUGUUAAGCAUAGUUUGAAUGGAACAACAUUCGAGUCUUACAAAGAUGAGGGUGAUGAUAAGAUAAAGCAUCUAUAG